UACAGAGCUUAUCUCUGGAUUCUCUUCUUCGGUCCUACUUCACGUCUCUCUUCCGCAACCACAUGAACUAUAUGCUUCUGUGAAGGCGCGAUGCGAAUAUUGUUUUGAACUAUGCCGUAAUUCACCGCCGCUGUCAGCAGCAAAAGCGCCUAGAAUUCUCAGCUCUAUUGUCAUCCCAAUCGCUGGAGGGAGAUGUCACUGCGAAUCAAGGCCGUGGUGGACAAGUUUGUGCAGGAGCUGAAGGAAGCACUGGAUGCUGACAUGCAGGACAGGAUGAUGAAGGAGAGGGAGAUGCAGAGCUACAUCCAGGAGCGCGAACGCGAAGUUGCGGAGCGCGAGGCGGCCUGGAAGGCCGAGCUCUCUCGUCGCGAGGCAGAAAUCGCUCGUCAAGAAGCAAGACUCAAGAUGGAGCGAGAAAACCUGGAGAAAGAGAAAAGUGUGCUAAUGGGAACUGCAUCUAAUCAAGAUAACCAGGAUGGAGCUCUGGAAAUCACGGUUAGUGGAGAAAAAUAUCGAUGCCUGAGGUUUGCCAAGGCAAAGAAAUAACGCUUGGAAUCGAUAAUGGUAUUUGUUUUUAUUGAAUGGGUUCAAAUUAUAUCGAUGUAAAUACCUUAGAAUAUGAAUAUGGUGAUGGUGCAUCUAGGGUUGUGGUGUAUUUUUAGUGGAUGGGGUUUUGAUAAAUGAAGCCAAAUCUAACAGAACAUUAUUCUUUUAAUAAAAAAGAAAGAGACUAAUGUAAAAAGUUCCUUGACACCAGUAAUUAUUCAA